AUGUCUGCCAUGGAUCUCGACACCGAUAUCUCCACAGUGCUUGCGGCGAUCCGCCAGGAAACCGAGGCGCCCGAAAUCCUCGAACUCUCGUACCAAUUGGAGGAUUUCUACGAAAGAAAACUCUGGAACCAAUUGACGUUGGCCCUCCAGCAGUUCUACGAGACGCCGGCCAAUCAGAACGGCCCCUUACGCGCUAAGCUCUUCGACUUGUUUGUGUCCAAGUGCCACAAUAAGCUCAACUACCUCCGGGUCAUUGACUUCUUGUUACUGUCGUUUCCAGAACCACAGGAGUGUUUGGCCAAGUUGCAGCAGUUGCAGGCGGACAUUGUGGCCGAGUUGGGCAAGAGAUACUCGCUGCGCCGUUUGGACGACCCAGAGUCGCAGAUUAAUGGCGAUGAGGCGGUGGUCUACAUCCGUCUCCAGAUCGCACGCCAUGCGUUGUUGUUGGGCGACUUGAGCAGCGCAGAGCUGAUUUUGGACUCCAUCAGUGAAAAGUUCGAGACCACGUUGCAGAACGACUACACGUCGCAGAUCAAUGCGGCGUUCUACUUGACCAAGUGCCAGUACUACAAGUACUACGAAAACUACAACUUGUUCUACACAAACGGCUUGCUCUAUCUUUCCUCCGUGGAGGGCGCCAUGUCCGACGAGCAGCGGGUGCUGUUCUGCUACGAUCUCUGCAUUGCUGCGUUGUUGGGCGACAAGAUCUACAACUUUGGAGAGUUGAUCCUCCACGACAUCUUGCAGUCCAUCAGCGACCUGCAGAACGCCUACUUCUGGUUGUACAACCUUAUUCUCAAUCUCAACUGCGGCAACUUGGCCGAGUUCAACCGCUGGCUCAACCAGGACGCCCAGUCCAAGUCUCCGCAAGUCUGGAGCCACCGCGACUUCUUGCACCAGAAAAUCGUCAUCAUGGCAUUGUUGGAGUUAAUUCUGUCGAAGCUGACCCCAGACAAGACCUUGCUGUUCCAGGAGAUCAGCUCGGCCACCGGCAUCUCCUUGGACGACGUCGAGUUCUCCAUCAUCAAGUGCUUCUCCUUGGGCUUGAUCAAGGGCCACAUCAACCAGUUGCAGCAGACGUUGGUCGUCACCUGGUUGCAGCCGCGUGUCUUGAACUUGGACCAGGUCAAGAACUUGUAUAGCCGCUUGGUAGACUGGAACUCCAAGGUGGAUGGUUUGUCCAAGGAGGUGUAUUCGAGCGGAGGGAAUUUGUGGGCUAUUGCAUAG